AUGGCUCUCAUCACUCUGGCCGCCGUCGCUGCUGCUGUCGCGCUUCCUGGCCUCGCUGCCGCGACCAAGACUCCUGCUGGUGUCAUCUCCGUCCCGUUAUCUCGCGAUGAGGGCCUGACAGCGUAUUAUGCCAAGCUGCAGGUUGGCACACCGCCGCAGACGGAAUAUCUUAAGAUCGACACUGGCAGCCCGCGAUAUUCUUUCCUUGACCCUCGCAACGAGGUCUGCAAAAAGCAGGGAAAUAACUGCAAAACGUUCGGCACCUUUAACAACAAAACUUCCAAAACAUCUCACUACGCAGGGACUGGCUUCGCGGAUGCCUUAGGCUACGUUGGUCAGGGCGACUAUCUCACCGACACUGUAGUCAUCGGCGGCGUUUCAACCAAGAACAUGUACUUUGGUUAUACGUCUUAUUAUGCUUUCCCGGACAAGCUCAGCGGCGACGUUAGUACAAUUGUUGGCCUUUCGCUGGAGUGCCAGUUCGCCGGCCCCAAAUGCACUGACAGGACCUCGGCGUACCUACUACCGGAGCUCAAGAAUGCUUCUAGAAUCAAUUAUCUUGCUUCGAGCAUCUACCUAGGACCAGAUGAUGUCAAGGCCGCCAACGCCAGGAUGCUCCUUGGUGGUGCCUACGACAAAGCCAAGAUUGACGGUGAUCUCAUCACAGUUCCCAUGGUUGAUCCGCAUAACCUUGAUCUCAGCGGUGGCCAGACAAACUCGGUCAACGUCACCUCUGUCGAGGUUGUCCUCACCAAGGGUAACAACCAUACGAAGGAAACCUAUGGAAAGAAGAACAUCGGUGUCCCAGUGCUGCUAGACACAGGCGUUGCGAACUGGUACUUGACUGAUAAGACCAUGGCUCCCGUCUUCCGCGCUUUCGGUGUCACCAAGGAACCCGCCCCGGGCCAGCGAUACUUCGUCGUCGACUGCAAGUACGCUGACUCGAAGCGCAACGACGGAUACAUCGCCGUCGAGUUUGGCGUUCACGGCACAAUCAAGGUUCCCUUCCACGGCUUGGUGUCGAAAUUCCCUGAUGGCACCUGUGGAGUAUUCCUCGCUUCUCGUGGGUACCCUGUGUCUACCUUCGGUGACCCUUUCCUGCGCAAUGUGUACAGCAUCUUUGACCAGGAGAAAUUCUCCAUCUCGAUGGGUAAGGUGAAGCAUACCGCCGAGGAGAAUAUUGUGCCUUUUCCCAAAGGAGGCUUCAAGCCAACUCAUUUCUAG